AUGGGUUUUAAAGCCUGUUUGACCGUCUCCAGGUUCCAUCACUUGCUUUGCAGUGAGAACAAGUGGAGACAUCUUGCGCGAGUCACUAUGUACAGGCAGUCCUCUAGUAGGACCCACAGAUCUAAGGGAAUGAAGAUUAAGCAUGUUCUGCAAAUUUGUUUAUUGCUUGCUGUUUGCUUUUGGUUGAUAUACCAAGUCAAGCAUUCCCAUGAUAAGAAGAAAGAAUUCGAUGAAAGUGAUUCGAAAACCUCACUAAGUAGAGGAAGUAGCAAUGAAAUUUUGACACUUGGAAGGAAAGACAUCCGACCCCGAGUGGAAGAAACAGUUAAGAAUGAGAAACAUGACGAAGCAGCAAUAGGACAGGAAUCGAUUGAAGAAGAAGAAGAAGUAGACGAUAAGCAUGAAGAACAUGAGCAAGAAAUCAAGAAUGCUGAACAGAGAGAAGAUGAAGGGGUGGAAGGUGGAGACGAGGAGAUAAAUGAGCACGAACAUGAGAAAUCUGAUGCAGAAAUUGAUCGAGAAGAGGAAUUUAUAAACGAAGAGAAGGAAGGAGAUGAAGGUGGUGAGAACAGUAUGGAAGAAAAAGAUUCUGAAGAGAACAAUGGAGAAACGGAGAAGGAAGGUUCUAUAGAGGACAGUGAUCAUGAUGGAGAUGAACAUAGUGCACGUGAAGCACGCGAGGAACAUUACAAGGCUGACGAUGCUUCUAGUGCUGUGGCACAUGAUAAUCAAAUCGUUGAUCCUGAAAACGAGAAUGGAAGCUCAGAAUACACAAAGGAGCAGCCCGAAACCAACAUUUUAGAACGGGAAAAUAAGGAGAACGGUGAGGAAAUCAAUUUAGGUGACAAGAAAACAGAUUUAGAGGUGAGGGAUGGCGAUAUGGCUAAAAGUGAUAACCAGUCGAAUAUAACAACCAAUUUAGAAUGGAAAAAUAAAGAGAAGGGUGAGGAAAUCAAUUUAGGUGACAAAAGAACAAAUUUAGAGGUGAAGGAUGGCAAUAUGUCUAAAAGUGACGAUCAGUCUAAUGUAACAACCAAUGAAGCAGAGGAGAAUCUGAAGGAAAAGUCUGAGAACAGCUUACUUUCAAAUACUACAUUGACUGAAGGGUCCAAUGACCAUAUAGAAACAAGCAACAACUCGUUAGAGGUGAGAAUGGAGAGUCGGCAGAAUGGAAUCGAGAGCAAGUUGGAGUUAAAUCAUGGCCAGAACGGUACAACAACAGGAGAGGCCAAUAAUUCCACUUCAGAUAUGGAUAGUAAUCAUGUUGAUUCUAAUUCUACAAUUCCUCCAAAAAAUAAAGACUUGGAAUCAAGCUCGUCGGAGUUCUCUGAUUCAUCUAAUGAUUCAGAGUCAUCUGUAGCCGAGAAUAUCAGAUCGGAGUUAUCCGUAGAUGCAGGAAGUAACGCUGAAUCACUAACAGUAAAGAAUGAUGCUACUGAGGCUGAGAAAUCAGAUACCAAUGGUGGAACAGAUGAAUUCUCUGACAAGACAUCCGAGGAAGUGCAACAUGACCCUAUCGAUUUAUCUGAUAUGUCCAAUUCCUUGGAUGAGAAAGAUGUCCUCCCAAAUCAUGAAACCCUCCCAGAGAUACGAACUGCAGGAACUAGCAUCGAAGAUGCUGCAGCAGAAUGA